UCUAUCUCUACUUGCAAUCAACUUUCACCAUGAAGUCUCGACCAAUGUUCCUCAGGGCUAUGCGCCAGCGCAGUGCGCUCAUCUCACGACCCGUUGUACUUCGGCCGGCGCUCUUGGCCCAGGUUCGACCUCUGUCCUCAUCCAGACUAUUGUUGAACGAUUCCCGGCAAAAGCAGGAAUCAAAGCAGCAGCAGCAACAGCAACAGCAACAGCAGCAGCAGGCACCUCCGGAGGACAACGCUCCUCCUCAGAGUCCAUGGAGAGCGUUCAUCAACACGUUGAAGGAGGAGAUCGAGAAGAAUCAAGCAUGGCAGGAUAACAUGAAGCACUUGGCUGGAACAGUAGAUCGGACUGCCGACGGAGCGGCUAUGAAGCGGGCAAAAGCGCUGUACGAAAAGACAAGGAUCGUUACGAUGAUCAAAGAGAAUCCCCGACUGCAACAAGCUGCCAAAGACCUCUCAGCAGCUGGUAUCAGUGUUUCCGAAGCUACAGCUCGGGCGCUCAAAGACCGAGGAGUCAUCGACGCUCUGGAGAGAUUGACAAAUCUCGGUAGACGAUUCGCUCAGCCUCUGGUGGAUAGCCCCGUUGGGCGAGCGUUGAUCGAGGCCUUGGACGAUAUUGGGAUGCAGGGGUAUGAGGACAAGGCGGCAAGAAGGGCAAGAAGGCAGAGACGGAUGGAAAAGGCUGGAUUGGUCAGGAAGCCUCGAGUGCAGGAAAACCCAGAGGCUGGGGAAGCGUUGGUCGCGACUGAGGAGAAGCCCUCCACAUCCCGAUUCCACUUUGUCAAAUCCUCUCCUUCCUACCAGCGAUUUAUGGACAAUUACUAUGAAUCUGAAGAACCGAUUUUCAACAUGUUGAGAUCCGUUGGAUCUCGUGUGGGACGUCUGUUUGACGAGAACGAUACCGCUCGAGUCAUCCGGUCCAUUCGACAGAUGGACCCAGAUUUCAAGAUGGAGUCUUUCCUUGUCGAGCUGAAAGAGUACAUUGUACCGGAAAUUGUCGACGCCUACCUCUCAGCAGACAGAGACGAGCUGCGACAAUGGAUGUCAGAAGCGCCGUACACCGUUACCUGGACAAUCCUGGGAGAGUAUGUCAAGCGUGGGCUUGUCUCCGACUGCCGAGUCUUGGAAAUCUCUCAAGUCGAUGUCCUCUCAUCUGGAUUCGCCAAUGAGACUGUGCCUGUAUUCGCAGUCAUCUGUGAAGUCCAGCAAGUCAAUUGCUGGCGUUCAGCCAAGACCAAACAACCUGCCGUUGGGUCUCCAGACAAGAUUGAACGGUGUAGGUACGUGUUUGAAAUCACGAGGGUAUUGGAAGAAGUGGACAACGAGUUGACCGGCGGUUGGAAAGUGGUUAAUAUGGUCAACAGGACUAUGUAGUAAUACGUUGUAUCAUCUAGAGUGUUUAGGUUCCUCAAUGCAGCAUCACCAUUCGCAUCCCAUGUCAGCAAACGGAACCAGG